UGGGUGCCGUUUGUACUGCUACUGCAAGCUUUCCUUCUCUACCUUCCACGGCUUGUUUGGAAGCAACUGCAGUUCUUAACAAAAAUUGACCUUCCAAGCGUUACGGUAGCACUACGUAAUGAAGCAAAAAGGAUAUCUGAUCCUCUGAACGUGGCUUCGAUUAUGAGACCGGCACGAAGAGGAGCAUGGGGCUAUAAACUCACACUUUCUCUGCUCUUUACGAAAAUGCUCUCGAUAGCCGUGGUCGUUGGCCAAGUGCUUUUCGUUGGAUGGUUCUUGGGCGCUGGAUUUCUGCACGGCCUACGGGUGGUCGUCGACGUGUUGAAUGGCCGACAAUGGGAAGAAAGUGGCAAUUUUCCAAGGGUGACCUUCUGCGAUCUUGAAGUUCCGUGA